CGGGGCGGUGCCGGGACAGGAAGCGGAAAGCAGCAGUGCAGCGGCGGCGGCGGGGCUCUGCCUCUCCAGGAGCCCAGCGCAGGCCGCAGAGCCGGGGCCGCUGUGAGCCGAGACCGCGGGCCGCGGAGCCCGGGCGGCCAGCGCGGAGAAUUUGUUCCUGUUGAAGAGUGCCUGCUCGUCUAAUUUCCAGACUCCUUGAGGUUUUAGGAGUCUGGUAGGUGAAAUUCUCUACCUCUAAGGAGAAACAGUACCUGCUCCUUCCUUCCUCAAGGGCAAGUCCUCCAUUGCUAUGGAUACCGAAUCCACUUAUUCUGGAUAUUCUUACUAUUCAAGUCAUUCGAAAAAAUCUCACAGACAAGGGGAGAGAACUAGAGAGAGACAUAAGUCACCCCGGAAUAAAGAUGGCAGAGGGUCAGAAAAAUCUGUCACCAUUCAACCUCCCACUGGAGAGCCCCUGUUGGGAAAUGAUUCUGCUCGGACAGAGGAAGUUCAGGAUGACAACUGGGGAGAGACCACCACGGCCAUCACAGGCACCUCAGAGCACAGCAUAUCCCAAGAGGACAUUGCCAGGAUCAGCAAGGACAUGGAGGACAGCGUGGGGCUGGAUUGCAAACGCUACCUGGGCCUCACCGUCGCCUCCUUUCUUGGACUUCUAGUUUUCCUCACCCCUAUCGCCUUCAUCCUUUUACCUCCGAUCCUGUGGAGGGAUGAGCUGGAGCCUUGUGGCACAAUUUGUGAGGGGCUCUUUAUCUCCGUGGCAUUCAAACUCCUCAUUCUGCUCAUAGGGACCUGGGCACUUUUCUUCCGCAAGCGGAGAGCUGACAUGCCACGGGUGUUUGUGUUUCGUGCCCUUUUGUUGGUCCUCAUCUUUCUCUUUGUGGUUUCCUAUUGGCUUUUUUAUGGGGUCCGCAUUUUGGACUCUCGGGACCGGAAUUACCAGGGCAUUGUGCAAUAUGCAGUCUCCCUCGUGGAUGCCCUCCUCUUCAUCCAUUACCUGGCCAUCGUCCUGCUGGAGCUUAGGCAGCUGCAGCCCAUGUUCACACUGCAGGUGGUCCGCUCCACUGACGGCGAGUCCCGCUUCUACAGCCUGGGACACCUGAGGCUGCCUCCUGCCAGCGGCCACAGCUGGGAUGGCUUCCCUCGCAACGGCGUCUGCCCACAGCCUUGCGCCGAGGCCCAGAGGACUCACAGGGAAGGGAGCUGGCAAAGCUUGAAUUUCAAAGCAAAAGCCAGGCAUGCUUUCCAGCCUUCAAAUAUUGGUUCAGAGAAUUCGGCUGCUGAAAAUUCUGUGUACCUGAGGCACCAGCAGGCCCGGGACUCGAGUGAAUCCAGGUGGCCCGAGGAAGAGCCUUCCCGCGGGCCUCAGCCGCCACACAGAGCCUCUGAUCUGUUUCCCUUUGCAGAGUGGGCAGGACAGAUCAGCGGGGCCUGGAGGAUUCGAAAAGGCUUCCUGAAAGAAGGCAGUCCUGCGUUGGCUUUGUGGUUCCUUCCAUAUUUGGAGGGUGGAGAGGAAUCGAGGCAGGAGGAAUGCUGGGCGCUGACAGUGGUGGAAGGAACGGCUGCUCCCUGCGUCCUGGCCUCCUGGGGCUAUGACCGAGGCCAUGGCGUAGUGGUGGUUGGAGAUGUCAGCACGUACACGUUACACAAGAGGCAUAGUAUUCCCCAGAAAGCCCAACUUGGAGGACUGCCCUUAAAACGAGCUGUUUCUUCCCUAAUAGCCUUUCUCCUCUGCUUCCAGGCCUUCCUAGAACGGUACCUCAUUGCGGGCCCCACCCUGCAGUAUGACAAGGACCGCUGGCUCUCUACACAGUGGAGGCUUGUCAGUGACGAGGCUGUGACUAAUGGAUUACGGGAUGGAAUUGUGUUCGUCCUUAAGUGCUUGGACUUCAGCCUCGUAGUCAAUGUGAAGAAAAUUCCAUUCAUCAUACUCUCUGAAGAGUUCAUAGACCCCAAAUCUCACAAAUUUGUCCUUCGCUUACAGUCUGAGACAUCAGUUUAAAAGUUCUAUAUUUGUGGCUUUAUUAAAAAAAGAAGAAAAAUAUAUAGAGAGAUAUAUAUCUAUGCCAGAGGGGUGUCUUUUUUAAAAAAUUCUUCUUCAUUGCUGACUGAAACUGGCAGAUGAUUGACCAGUAUCCCUUGACCAUCUGCACUUUAUUUGGAAGGAAGCAGGGGUUGUCCACCCUGAAAAAAAGUGACUGAUGACAUCUGACUUUUGUCGAUGAGACUUCUCAAGAAGCCGUUCCCUGGAGCUUCUGUUACAGCUGUAAACCAAAGUGGAGCUGGUGCUUCUUGGGAGCCUCGCCUUACAACAACUAGUUCCUGCCUUUUGUCCAGUACCACGUCCCCCGUUGCUUCUGGUCAGCCCACUUGUAGACUUCCAGGGGACACAUCUUUAUUCUGUUUCAGGAAACCAGUCACGACACGUCCACAUAUGUAUUUGUGUAUGUUAAUGUCCAGUAUCACAUCACCCACGAAAGUCGUAGGCAGUUCAGGAGAUACCUGCCUUCGUCUUUGUUCUUUGUUGCCUUAGGUUCUUCAGAGAAAGAUCACAACAAAAAAAUGUGCACUGUCGUUUACAGCUAUUAAGUGGUUUGAUUUUGUUUUUUUCCCAAAGAGAAAACCUACACGCCCUGUUUCUGAUCCCACCCCUCUCCUGGCUUGAAGCAGGUAGCCCUUUCCCAGCCCUGCAGCUGCCCACCUGGCCUCCAUGCCGUCCUGCCCCCACCUGGCUGGCAGCCCUGGCUCUCCAUGUGUGCCCUCCAGCUCUUUGUGAAGACUCAAGUCAGUCCCAGUAUUGUUUCCAUAUUGAAGUGCGGGGUGCCCAGCAGGUAAAGCACAGGGAGAGCAGGCAGCGGAAAUGCCCCGUUUAGGCUGCAGCAGGAGCCCCACACUGCCCAGUUUUCCUCCCCACUGCUCUACACCAACCAGGGGAGACUAACACUGUGACUCUGGGAUUGGCAGGUGCAACUUGGAGCCACUUAAUUUCCUGGGGAGGUAAGUUCUCCCCGAGAUUAUAGCAAGCUGCCCUGCCAAGGGAGACCAAACCAUGCCAACCAUGCUGGCAACUGCUGCUCUCCGGUCCCUGUGUUUUCUGACCACAGUCACUGUGCAACUCAUCGCCUCUGCCACUCAGGACCAGGAAGGGGGCUGGUUUUUGCUCCCACUCUUAGUUGCUGAUAAAGUGGGGAGAAGGAAAAUGGACACUCUACAGAGUUUGGGGAAACAAGAGUAGGGAGCCCAUCUUCUUGUCCAGAAAGAUUCACCUGUGGUCUGUCUGUUAAACACAGCUGAUUUCAGUGGGCUUUCCUCUGGUCCUGGGGGAGCAGACACUGGGUUGUGGGCAGAGGAGCCAUCCUGGCGGAGCCCUGCUGCAGGGGAGCUCCUUCAGGAGCCCCAUCCGGACCUCUUGCACUGGGCUGCCUUUGCCUCCAUUUGCCUUCUUGUAUCUGCAACAAACCUUUGAAAGUGUUCACUCUUGUUUUUCCCAGUAUUUCGGGUAAUCAGCCACCUUGCUGUAGUACAGGAUGACUCUUUGUAUGUGUGCACACCCCCUUACUCCCUUACUGCUUCAUGCACUGCACAAGUGGUACAGUAUUUUGUGUCAUUGUAAAAAUCAAAAUUGGCUUUGGAUCUUUGUAAUACACCUGUACCUGAAAAAGUAAACAACAUUCUUCAAUCACCAGCCUUCAGCUUGAAAAGACAUGCUGGAGAAGAAGGAAGGGGGAGCCCAUAGGUGUGGCAGGGAGCCAAGAUGUACUAUUCAACUAUGUGGUUCUGUUUAUAAAAAACACAUACCAUGGAACCAUGGUGUUUUGUUCUUAGUUUUUGCUGUUAGAUCCCUUCAAACUGGAAGUUCCUUAUAAUGUCUUUCUCAGGAAAUAUUUUGGGAGAUGGGGAAAGGGAUGGCAAGUGUGAGAUGGGCUGUGUCAGAGGUUGCUACGUCAUGGAUACAGAGCAGUUCCAAGUGCCAUAAGUGUAUAUACAUAUAGUUAAUAAUGACACUGUUCAUCACCAUUCUAAAAUACUGUUCUUCCAACCCUAUCUUAAAUGACCAGUCCAGAAGGGGUUAAACUGGAUUCACUUGCUCUGGCAUGUGCAUUCCCAGCAGGGUGAAGAAAAGUUUAAAUUAAAGAAUUUAUUUUCUCUCUGCCCCUUCCUCUUUCUCCCAGUCUUUGCAUAGGAGAAUGUCAGACGUUCAGAAAUUACUGUUUCUAUUUUAAAUUGAGUAUUGAUUUUUUUACAUUGACUUUGUAUUGAGUUCUUUUUGAAAGAAUAACAAAAUAAAAUGCAGGAUCUUUGUAAAGCCUUUGCACUUUCAACCUCUUUAUAGCUUGAGUUACUGUUGCAGUGGGAACAAUGUAAAUGACAUUUAAAAGAUUUAAGGUUUCAGAAAGCUGCAUCCCACAAUUGAACACAAUGCGUUUUUAUUUCAAUUAUUGGAACUGGUAGGCUAUUCUUUUUAAAAGGGGAUAAACUUUGCCCUAAGGCUAGUAGAACAUACGUUCAUAUUAUAGGAGACAGGAUUUCAUUUGCCUUAAAUGUUUAUAUUUUUUACAAUUUUCAACCUACAUUAUUAAAAUUAGAGCAUUGAGUGUUAAAGAACUUAGUGAGGAGUCUAUGUCUGAGAUUGCUCUCUUCCCUGGUGAUGUUUUAACUGGUAGACAAUUUGUUUUUAAAUGUGUACUUUUGAAGAUAGGACAAUUUUUAUAGUCCAUGAACUGAAUGUUAAAAAGUUCUGUAUGCAUUCUCAGAGAGGAUUUUAAAGCUAUAUAGUUCAUCAAUCCUUUGCAUUAUCAAAAUGUUAAGUUAAAUGCGUAAUACUUUGGCUAGAAUUCAUAAAGUAAGCCCUAGAGAAAAUACUUGACCACCAAUUUUUUGCCCAACUCUCAUCACCUCCCUUUCCCCACCCCCGCCUCUGUUCUUCCCUUUUGACAUCUACAUAGAAGACAAGUUCUUUAUAGCAAAUGGUAAGAGGCAGGUGACCUGGUGUGUUUGCUGUGUUGUAGUACAUUGCCUGGGGCUUGGGACUCCUUUUUUAAUGGAGAGACUGGCUGUGCAGGUGUGUGUUGGAUAGGGAUGAAGUGCUCACCCCUCCCCUCUCUUCAAUAGUUGGGGUAGAUUUCUCUCCCAUUUUGCCUCUCAUAAUCACUUUCGAGUGCAUGUAUUUACCUAAGGGCUGUAGCUCUGUGGGAUGCUACCAGCAUAUUGGACUGACAGAAAUUGAUUACCUUGCCACUCCAACCCACGUACUGAGUGAAUGUUCUAGCCACUCAGUGAAACCAACAAAAGUGAGUCCUUGGUUUACCUUCCAAUCUGGGCCCUGCUGUGUAAGUAUCCCUAGGUAGGAAUGCAUAUUUGUUUGUGCGUUUUUAUUUCCAUAUACAUGAGCAUUUCUCUGAGUGUAUUACCCCAUGGAUAGCACAUUCACAUGUCAGACAUCUUAACGUGUGUUAUCUGUAGCAGAUAGGUGCAUAGCUCAGCAGGUACGUGUGAAUGUGUAGAUAGCUGAGUGUGUGAGGGUGUCUGUGUUUCUGCAGUCCCCUGUGUUUGAGAGAUUACCUAAUAACCCUGUGUUUUGGGAGGUCACUCUAAACCAGUGACUUUUCCCUCCCCUGCUUUAUUCCUUUCCCUCACUGACACUGGCUUCUCCCCCUAGAGUAAAUGGCUUUAGCACAGCACUGUCUUCUGGGGAGCCUGCUGUCCUGCAGGCAAGUCCAUUAAACUCUUUCUUGCUUUAGGACUCUGAAAACAACAAGAAACAAACAAAGAAAGGUCAAGAUCUAAGAAAAUUACUGCACAAACUUCGCUACCCUGGAAGCCUUACUAGAUAUUUCUUAAGGUAACUUAAAAACUGGGCUUUAUUUUUAAAAAGUGAUAGGUUAGUUAAAGUAGCACAGAAAUGUUAGCAUAUUUAUUUAAAUAGUCCUGCAGCAGAGACCCUGCGAUUGUAAAGUGAUUUAAGUAUUUCUGGGUAGUGUUUGUGAUUUAUGGAUUUGUUACCAAAAAACAAAAAAAAAUCACUACUGUGAAUUUACUACUAUGUAAACUUGUGGUCAUAUAUCAUUAUAAAUAAAAUAAGAAUUGCUCUUC